GUGUGGCAAUGCACUACAAGCCGCUGCAAGCGUGGGGAACGAAUCGGUUGUGCGGCUUCUCCUCGCCCAUGGGGCAGAGGUGAAUGCUCAGGGUGGCUGGUGUGGCAAUGCACUACAAGCCGCUGCAAGC